GCUGCGAAGACGCAGCAGGGAGCUGAGAAAGGGACAGAAACUAGAUCUCUCCAAGCUGCAUUCAAGUCCCGCACUCGCCUCAUCUGUAAAUUUCAUACUUUGAAUUGAAACCUUUAUUUUUCUACUAAAAUGGCUGGUGGCCCGCUGACAGGGUUGCUGGUUGCGCUGUGCGUAAGCAGCGCAGUGCACGGGCUGCCAAAGAAAACCAAAAGACAAAGUGGCCAGUAUCAAGUGUAUCCUGAUCUUCGUGAUACAUCUGCCGUCUCUUCAGUGGGCUGUGAGGAAAACGGUCGGUCAUACAGACCUUACGAGCAGUGGGAGAAACCCUACCUGGAUGCCACACUGGUGUGCACCUGCAAUGGAGCAGCAGGCAUCAAGUGUAAAACUAAGCCUGAAGUGGAGGAGACGUGCUAUGACAAGUACAAUGACCGCACAUACCGGGUCGGGGAAACCUACGAGAGACCAAAGGACGGGAUGAUGUGGGACUGCACAUGCAUCGGCUCUGGUCGAGGGAAGAUCAGCUGUACCAUUGCGAAUCGUUGCCAUGAAGGUGGCAGGUCUUAUAAAAUCGGGGACACCUGGCAGAGGCCUCAUGACACUGCUGACUACAUGCUGGAGUGUGUGUGUCUAGGAAACGGCAAAGGAGAGUGGACAUGCAAACCAGUGGCUGAGCGAUGCUACGACAACACUGUUGCAUCAUCAUACGUGGUUGGAGAGACAUGGGAGAAACCGUACCAGGGCUGGAUGAUGUUGGACUGCACCUGUCUGGGAGAGGGAAAUGGACGCAUCACAUGCACCUCAAGGAACCGCUGCAAUGACCAGGACACCAGGAGGUCCUACCGUAUCGGAGACACCUGGACAAGGCCGGACACAAGUGGACACAUCCUGAACUGUCAGUGCUUAGGAAACGGCCGUGGAGAAUGGAAGUGCGAGAGACACAAAUCAGGCCGACCCACAGGCGCUGUGGUGGUGACCCCACAGAGUCAGCUGCUGCCUGAAGGGAUGUGCCGCACAGAUGCUGGAGCGACCUACUAUGAUGGACAACGCUGGUUCAGGAGUCAGGGUAGCAAACAGAUGAUCUGUACCUGUCUGGGCAAUGGCAUCAGCUGUCAGGAGUAUGAGGCAAGGAAUCAGGCGUACGGUGGGAACUCAGAUGGUCAACCCUGUGCUUUCCCCUUUGUCUUCAUGGGAAAGACUUACUACUCCUGCACCUCAGAUGGACGCACAGACGGGCAGCUCUGGUGCUCCACAACUAGCGACUAUGAGAGAGACCAGCAGUACUCCUUCUGUACUGUGAAGAGUGCCAUCGUUGCAACAAGAGGUGGAAACUCCAACAACGCCCUCUGUCACUUCCCCUUCCUCUACAGUGGACGCAACUACACCGACUGCACCGCUGAUGGACGGCGUGACGGUAUGAGGUGGUGUGGUACCACCUACGACUACGACACAGAGCAACGCUUUGGAUUCUGCCCCAUGGCUGCUCAUGAGGAGGUAUGUACCACCAGUGAGGGGAACAUGUACCGUGUAGGAGACAAGUGGGACAAACGCCAUGAUGUCAUGGGUCACAUGAUGGAGUGCACAUGUCUGGGAAACGGUAGAGGAGAGUGGAACUGUGUCGCUCACUCACAGCUGCGAGAUCAGUGUAUUGUUGAUGGCUACACCUAUGAGGUCAACCAGGAGUUCUCCAAGCGUCACAGCGAAGGCUACCUGAUGAACUGUACCUGCUAUGGACAGGGACGCGGACGCUGGAAGUGUGAUGCUAUUGAUCAGUGUCAGGAGCCUCAAACUAGGGCCUUCUAUCAGAUCGGAGAGGCAUGGGACAAAGUCAUCCACAGAGCCCACUAUCGCUGUUAUUGCUACGGCAACGGCAUUGGAGAGAUGAGAUGUGAACCUCACCAGACUCACCCAGAUGGCUACAGGCCCGUCCAGGUGAUCAUCACAGAGGCCGGGAAGCAGCCAGACUCCCACCCCAUUCAGUGGAACGCCCCCUCGUCUGUGCACAUCACCCAGUACCUCCUCAAAUGGAGAAUCAAAAACAGCAGCGGACCCUGGAAGGAGGCCACCAUCCCCGGACACCUCAACUCCUACACCAUCAGCGGGCUCCGCCCAGGCGUCACCUACGAGGGUCAGCUGAUCAGCAUCCUACGCUACGGACGCCGUGAGAUCACACGCUUUGAUUUCACCACCACCCAUGGCUCCUUGGAAACAUCAGAAGGGGAGACGACUGCGCCUCCUCCCGUGGUGGACACCUCUGAGUCUGUGACAGAAAUCACCUCAAAUAGCUUUGUUGUGUCGUGGACGUCGGCCUCUGCUACUAUCUCCGGCUUCAGGGUGGAGUAUGAACUCAGUGAGGAGGGAGCUAAGCCUAAAGUGCUGGAUCUUCCUCGUACAGCCAGCUCCGUCACCAUCUCUGACCUUCUACCUGGACGCAGAUACAACGUCAACGUCUACGAACUCCCAGAUCAAGGACAACCAAACCUCAUUCUGAGCACCUCCCAGACCACAGCUCCCGACAGUCCUGCUCGUCAUGCAGUUGAUGAGGUGGGCGAGACUUCCAUCAGGAUCAGCUGGGCCAGGCCUCAGGCUCCUAUCACUGGUUACCGUGUUGUGUACACACCAUCCGUGGAAGGCAGCAGCACCGAGCUGACCCUGCCAGACGCAGUGACAUCAGUGAACCUGGUCGACCUCCACCCUGGAGUCCUUUACAACAUCAGCAUCUAUGCUGUGGAGGAGGACCGGGAGAGCGAGCCUGUGUUUGUACAAGUCAACACUGCAGGAUCUCGCCUGCCAGAGGAGGUCCCAGCACCCACAGACCUGCAGUUCUAUGAGGUCACCGAUGUAAAGAUCACAAUCACCUGGACCGGCCCUCCCAGUGAGGUGACAGGUUAUAGGGUAACCUACUCCCCUGUUGGUCCCGAUGGCAGAGAGAUCAGACCCCUUCCACUGCCAGUCUCACGCAACGCUUACGCCGAUGUCACCCACCUGCAGCCAGGAACACAGUACCGCUUCUACAUCUACGCCAUCAACGGUGGAGUGGAGAGCGAGCCACUGGUGGGAGAAAAGUCAACCAAACCGGAUUCACCCAUCAAUCUGCGUUUCACCGACCUUGGCCCUGACAGUGCAUUGGCUAUCUGGGAAGCUCCUCGUGCCAUCGUCAUUGGCUACCGUCUCUACCUGAGCAUUGGGGGAAGCAGCCCUGUUGAGAAGAGGAUCCCGGGCAAGGUCACCCAGUUCCCUCUGAGGAAUUUACGUCCAGACACCCAGUACACCGCCACGCUCCACUCUGAGCUGAACAAUGAGCUCAGCGAGGGCAUCACUACCUACUUCAGCACCACCCCAGAGAUGGGAAAUGCUCCUCCUUUCAGCACUGAGGUCACUGAUACCUCCAUCAUCAUCACCUGGAUACCGGUCCGCAGAUUCAGCUACAAGCUGUCUGUUCUCCCCAGUCAGGAGGGCGAGACUCCCAGAGAAGCGACCUCUGACACUGGACGUAUUUUUAUUCCCGAUCUGAUCCCUGGGACUCAGUACACUUACAGUGUUCAGCCCAUCAUCAAUGGACGUACCAGAGGACAACCUGUCACCCGCAAAGUUUUCACUUCUCUUUCUCCUCCCACUGACCUCAGAGUCGAGUCCAGCCCCAACACAGGAGAUCUGACUGUUCACUGGGUCGCCUCCAAAACACCAGGCACCACGGGCUACAGAGUGACGAGCACGCCAGUCAACGACCAGCGAGGAAACUCUCUGGAAGAGCUGGUCAGAGCCGAUCAAACCUCUAUCAGGCUAGAGAGCCUGAACCCUGGUGCCGAGUACAACGUCAGUGUCUUCACCAACAAGGGUCAUUUAGAGAGUGUUCCUGUGUCCACUAUUGUCACACCAGCAAUCCCAGCUCCAACCAACCUACAGUUUAGCGGGGUGGGCCCUGACCACAUAAGGGUGACUUGGACAGUCCCCAAUGUUGCCACGCCAACUGACAUCUCCCGCUUUGUCAUCCGUUACCACCCUGUCGCCACUGAUGAUGACACCAGGGAGGUUAAUGUUGGCGGAGCCACCAACACAUUCCUGCUGCAGAACCUGCUGCCCAACACUGAGUACAGCAUCAGUGUUGUGUGUGUGUACGGUGAACGAGAAAGUCAACCAGCCACAGGAACUCAGAGGACGACUCUGGAUUCCCCUACUGGCCUGGAUUUCUCUGACAUCCGCACCACCUCCUUCACCAUUCACUGGUUGGCUCCCACUGCUGCUAUCACCGGGUACCGUGUCCGCCAUCAGGCAACAAGCGGUGGGCGGGUGAAGGAUGAGAGGCUUCCCCCAAGCAGAACGUACUUCACCCUGACUGGACUGGCACCAGAGACAGAGUAUUUGAUUUAUGUGUAUGCUGUCAGCAACAAUCAGGAGAGCCAACCUCUGACGGGAACACAGGCAACCAUCUCUGAUGCCCCAACAGACCUGCAGGUAACAUCAGCCACCUCCACUAGCAUCACCAUUCGAUGGGACGCCCCCUCUGCCUCAGUAAAGGACUACAAGAUCACCUACACCAGCACAGGUGGUGCCACUAAAGAGUUCACAAUCCCCGGUACUCAGACCACCGCCACCAUCACUGGUCUGAAUCCAGGCACUGACUACACCAUCACUGUCUACUCUGUUAGUGGAAGAGGAGACAGCCCGGCAUCUGCCACCCCUGUUUACGUCACACACAAGACCGAUAUCGAGGCCCCCACUGACAUGAGACUGACUGAUGUGAGUGACAACGCCAUCACAGUGCGCUGGAGUCCUGCUCAGGGACCAGUCCAAGGCUACAGAGUCACCAGUGUCCCCAAGAAUGGCCUGGGACCCUCCUACUCUGAGGUGGUGGCCCCUGAUCAGACAGAGAUUACCUUCACUGGUCUGAUGCCCACUGCGGAGUAUGUCUUCAGUGUCUAUGCUCUUGGAAAUGAUGGACAGCCUUCUUCCCCUGUGGUGGAUAAUGCUAUCACUGCUAUGGACCGCCCCAAAGACCUGGCCUUCUCCAACAUUGACUCCACCUCCAUGCGCAUCACCUGGGACAGUCCAGACGGCACGGUGACAUCAUACCGUGUCUUUUACUCCAGCCCAGAGGAAGGUGAGAGAGAGCUGCGUCCAGCACCCAGAGGUGACCAGAACAGUGUGGUGAUCAGAGGUCUCCGCCCCGGCACAGAGUACACCGUAAAAGUCAUCGCCCUCCAUGACCGCACACCCAGCAAACCGCUGGUGGGAACCCAGGCUACAGUUAUCCCUGCACCAACAAACCUGAUAAUCUCAGAGGUCAGCCCCUCCACCUUUGCUGUGUCAUGGCGAGCCCCUAAUGCACGUCUGACAGGCUACCGUGUAGUCGUCAACCCCAAGAACAUCAACGGCCCCACCAAAGAGAUGAACGUUGCUCCGGACACCACACGUGUUGUCAUACCUGGACUCAUGGUGGCAACAACAUACCAGGUGAACGUCUACGCUUUGAAGAAUUCCGUCACCAGCAGACCACUUGAGGGAGAGGUGACCACGCUGGAAGAUGUGAGCCCCCCUCGGCGUGUGCGUAUCUCUGCUGUUAAAGAUACAUCUUUCACGCUGACCUGGCGCUCCAAGUUGGAAACCAUCACCGGUUAUCUCAUAGAAGCUACACCAGUUAGCGGCACCAGCCCAACCAUCAGCAAUAAUAUUCCAGCAAGCACCAGCACCUAUACUCUCACAGGUCUGCAGCCCGGCACCACAUAUUCUGUUAGCCUGUACACUCUGAAUGGCAACACAAGGAGCGCCCCGAUCACCCUCAUGAUUCAAACAGCUGAACCAGCGGUCCAGGCUCCCACCAACCUCCAGUUCACAUCUUUGACCCCAACCUCCAUCUCCUUCACAUGGAGGCCCCCUCCCUCACAGAUCACAGGAUACUACAUCACCUAUGAGGAGUCAGGAAGAGCACCAAGAGAGCUGACCCCAAGACCCCAUGCUGGCCAGAACUACGCCACCAUAUCUAGCCUGAAGCCGGCCACAGAGUACAUCAUUAAGAUUGUUGCCAUCCAGGGCACACAGAGGAGCUCACCUCUGGUGGGAAAAGUCAGGACCAACCCAGACUCCCUGCUCCCCCUGCCUCUGCCCCGCCCUGGAGGCAUAGACGACAAGCUGGAUGUGCCUGAGACUGACUUUGACAACACAGUUCAGGUAGUGGGCACCAGUGGCCAGGAUGGGCUAGGUGGUCAGAGCCAGCAUGUGGAGUACACAGAGUUCAACAACAACAAUGGAGACAACAGAUAUAAUGGGAACAGUGGAAACCCACAGUAUCCCUACGGGCAAGUACGUGAGCCGCUGGUCUUUGUGCCCCUUCCUGAUGCAGAGGGCCGCAGGCUGCCCAUCCUGAAGCUGAACUUGCCCAUCAACACUGGCUUUGGUAAUGAUACUGGAGUACCACAAGAGGCCCAAACUCAGACCACCAUUUCCUGGAAGCCUUACAGGCAGAGCAACGCCUACCUGGUAUCCUGUCAGCCCAUUACACACCAAAAUGAGAAAAUGUUCCAGGUCCGCCUGCCAGGCACAGCCACCACAGCCACACUGAUUGGACUAACCCCUGGAGCUGAUUAUAAUGUGAUCGUUGAGGCUCUGCUGGGGGCGCUCAAACACAAGAUCCUGGAGCAGGUCAUCACCACUGGAAACACAAUCCCAGAGGGAGUUCCCACCAGCAAGGAUUCCUGCUAUGACGCCUUCACUGCUACACACCACGAUGUCGGUGCUGAAUGGGAGCGAAUGUCUGAGACCGGCUUCAAGCUGUGGUGCAGGUGUCUCGGUCUCGGCAGUGGCCACUUCAGAUGUGAUUCAUCCAAGUGGUGCCAUGACAACGGCAUCAAUUAUCGCAUUGGAGAGAGGUGGGACCGCCGUGCAGAGAACGGUCACCUGAUGAGCUGCACUUGUUUGGGAAAUGGAAAAGGAGAAUUCAAGUGUGAACCACAUGACUCAGUGUGCUAUGAUGAAGGCAAAACUUACCAGGUUGGAAACCAGUGGCAGAAGGAGUACCUGGGUGCCAUCUGCACCUGCACAUGCUUUGGAGGACAGCAGGGAUGGCGAUGUGAGAACUGCCGUAGACCAGGCACUGAUGUUGAUGCCAGUCUGCUGCAUCCUGUAAGAUAUGGAGACAAUACUCUACAGAAACCGAAAAUUCACUGUCCCAUUGAGUGCCUCCGCCCCGACCUGCUGGCAGAUGCGCACGCUUCUCCAAACACUCGGGAGUAAAAGAUCCAUCAUUGCCUUUUCUCCCUCACUGUCCAACCGCUGCACUGUUUCACCCCAUAGAAGCCAUGCUGUCUACAACCAAACUGAAUUGACACAUAUUUAGCUGAAGGUUUUAGUGCAUUAAGUGCCCUGCUGCGUGAUCAAAGCGAUCCUCUUUAAAGCCAGUCUUUUCACUGUUCAAUGUCAAGUUUCUAAAUUGAUAAAUGCAGGCUCCUGCCUGUAACAUUUCCCUCUGGUGUUACCUCAAUGGAAGUAAACAUCAGAAUUAUUUUUCCAUUAAAAUAUUUCUUAAUCGAGAAGAAACCCUCAUAAAAUAAGCACUGUUUAAGAAUGUCCAUGUAGUUUUACACAUUGUUGUUUAAGUUGUCCAUAAAAAUGUGCUUUUCUUUUCUGUAGCUCUCCUGAAGGGUGGCACUGCGUGUGAUUGACACAUUCUGAUUUUUUCUGUCUCUUUACUAAUUUAUCCCUCUAAUCUCAUCGUGUGAAUGUGUGAGCUGGGAUGUGAUUUUAUGAACUGUUCUAUUUUUGUAAUUUGUUGUUGGUGCCAAAGUUGUUUCUACCUUUGACAAAAAAAUCCCUUGUUUUAAUAAAGCUGGAGAGAUCCUGAAACAUU